AACAAAUAUAUUUUUAGAUUCUUUUUAAAUAAAGGCAGUGUUCCGACAUUUCUGACGUGGUUAGGCAUCAAGUACAUCAUCUAGCGGUAACUCCUGAGAAAGCAAAACUUUUUCGUGUUUUAAAGAUCACCUGGGUUUCUCGAGAUUGCUCUGGGUACAAAAUGGAUAGGACUGGUGGACUUAGUGAGGAAAUGAAGGCUACUAAAGAAGUACAAAAGAUUGUCGACGAGGUUAAGAGCCAGGCUGAGACAAUGGCUGGUACAAAAUUCAAGGAAUUUAAAGCCAUUUCUUAUAGAACUCAACUUGUAGCUGGUACAAAUUACUUUGUGAAGGUGUAUGUGGGUGACUCUUCCUAUGUUCAUUUGCGCAUAGAGCAAAGUUUACCACAGUAUGGAUCAAAAGUUGAGUUAAUAGCCAUCAGGACUGGAAUGUCGGAUGAUGACAGCUUGGAUUACUUUGGAGCUGAUGGAAAAAAAUAGUUUUUUUGACCGAUGAAAAUAAUGGUAGUUUGUUUAGAUAACGAUUCAAUUUAAAAUGUCUUUUUACAGCUUAAGAGGUAAAAAAAAUUCAUAACUGUUUGCACAAAUUUGAUAAAAAAAAAAAAAGAAUAUUAAGUUUUGUAACUUUUUUUUCGUUUAAGUUAACUUUUCGUAAGUGAAGCACUACUCAACAAAUAAGGAAGGCCAUGAACAUUUAAAGGACUUAAUGCCCCAACUCUCCUUUAGUGAUACAAUAAAAGCAUC